UUCGCCCACUCUUCUAUUGUUUUACAAAAGAACUCUUAUCUUUGAACAACAUUUAUAUUUUUUAUUUUUACAUGACUGAAUCAAAAUGAGUGAUUUAUUUAAAUCGGCGUUUGAAUACUUUAGCGGGCCGACAAACAGCCAAAACGAAAACAGUUUUGUAGGACAAGUAGUAGAAAUCUCCAAUGUCAAGUUGAAAAUCAAAAAAGUUAUAGCAGAAGGCGGAUUUGCUGUAGUUUUCGUUGCACAAGAUGUGGCUACUGGAAAAGACUAUGCUCUAAAGAGACUUUUAGCAGCUGACGAGGAAGCUAAAAAGAACAUUACUCAAGAGAUUAAUAUACUUAAAAAGAUAUCUGGACAUCCUAAUAUAAUACAAUAUUUUACCGCUUCGUUUAUUGAUAAAUCACAAACUCAACAUGGCCAGUCGGAAUUUUUACUUAUCACAGAAUUGUGUCCUGGUGGCUCUUUGGUUGAUGUUCUACAGUCAAGAACAUCACCUUUCAACCCAGAUCUAAUCACUCUAAUAUUUUACCAAGCAUGCAGAGCGGUAGCUCACAUGCACUCGCAAACACCUCCAAUACAACAUAGAGACUUGAAGAUAGAGAACUUUCUAAUUAGCGCAGAAGGAACUAUUAAAUUGUGCGAUUUUGGAUCUGCAACCAGUGAAAUUUUUCGGCCCGAUUUGACAUGGUCUGCUAAUCAACAUUCGAGUUUAGAAGACAGUCUUGCCCAAUUUACAACUCCAAUGUACAGAGCCCCAGAAAUGGUAGAUACAUGGAGCAAUCACUUCAUCGGUCCUCCAGUAGACAUAUGGGCCCUAGGAUGUAUUUUGUAUACAUUAUGUUUCAUGAAGCACCCUUACGAUGAUAGUGCAAAGCUUAGAAUCAUCAAUGGAAAUUAUACAAUACCUCCUGAUCCGAAAUUUUCAUGUUUUCAUGAUAUAAUUCGAGGAUGUUUUCAAACUAACCCAGAACAUCGUCUUACAAUAACAGGGAUAUUAGAAAGACUUGCUGCUAUUGCCGAGACUCGUGGCUAUAAUCUUAAGGCCCCCUUGCCAUUUAAAAUUGAUUUGAUCCAAGAAUAUCAAGGAAAUGGAGAUUGCUUAGCCAACAACACACCAACACAUAAAGUUCCUCCUCCAAGACCUGAACAACCGAGUCCUGCCCAUCAUCCUAAUGGUACUAAACCAGAAAGGCCAUUACAACCAACUCCUCCAAGGCCCGCUCCACCACCUCAAAGACCAGCUCCUCCUGAACACCGUCAUCAACCACACCAUGCACAAAUACCUCCUCGUCCAACUGAACAUCCAAAACAAGCUGGUUUGUUUUCUUCUUUAAAAGGUGGCGCCGGUAGUUUCCUAAAAAAUCUCAAAGAUACGAGUUCAAAAGUUAUGGCUACUGUACAACAAACUAUGGGAAGAACAGACUUGGAUAUCCAUUAUGUAUCCUCUAGGAUUGUAGUGAUGCCAUAUCCUUCCGAAGGACUCGAAUCGGCUUAUAAAACAAAUCAUAUUGAUGAUGUAAGACUGUUUUUAGAUUCUAGACAUCCAAAUUACAGAUAUUCUGUUUACAAUUUAACAAAUAAACCAUACCAAGCAAAAUUUGGUCAGGCUAGGAUAGUAGACUGUUCCUUUGCAUAUCCUGAUCAUUUCAAGGCCCCAUUACUUAAUUCUAUGUAUCAAUUGUGUGAGGAUAUUUAUCAAUAUUUAGCUGGUGAUAGUAGGAAUGUAGUUAUAAUACAUUGUACAGAUGGCAAGGCCACAUCAUCUACUUUAGUGUCGGCUUUAAUGAUUUAUGCUGGUUUAUAUGAAGUGCCUGAAGAUGCUUUGCAAAUGUUUGCUGUGAAAAGAUGCCCACCCAAUAUGAGAGCAUCUGAAUUGAGAUAUUUAUAUUAUUUAACCGAAAUCGUCAGAAAUCCACCAUUAUUCCCACACUACAACCCAGUAACUUUGGUAUCAUUACAAAUGACUCCUGUACCGCUCUUCACAAAAGUCCGGGACGGCUGUAGACCAUACAUAGAAGUCUACAGUGAAAAUCGCUGUAUUCUUAGCACUUUACAAGACUACGAACGAAUGAGGCUUUUCAAUAUAUCUGAUGGCAAGUGUUUAUUGCCAAUAAAUGCUACUGUUUGCGGAGACGUUUGUAUUAUUAUAUACCACGCAAGAAAUAUUUUAGGAGGUGUAAUGACUCAAGGAAAAGCUACCGGAAUUAAAAUUUGCCAAAUUCAACUGCAUACUGGAUAUAUACCGGAAGAAGAAACUUCCAUACGUUAUCCAAAAUCUGAACUUGAUGAAUUGAGUGAUGGUCAAGAACACUUUCAGCAAAGUUUUACCAUAACUUUGAACGUUUUUGUUGGAGAUACAGAAAGAAAACUAGCGCAGCCAGCUCCAUGGCAAACAGAUCAGACUGAAAGAGUCGCAGACACAUUAUUCACGUCACAAAUAGAAAAAGACGAGACAAUAGAUAAUUUUAGAAGUAAGCCAAGUAAAAAACCUGUACAGCGGCCUCCAAGACCUACAAGACCUUCAAGACCUGCACCUCCUAGUAGUCCUAUUCCUACUGUAGUUAUGGACCACACAGCAACCGUUUCUGAGGAAGAAAAUGAACCUGAAAUGAAACUUAUAGAAGAAGUUGAUCUACUUAAUUUGAAUAAUGCCUCUUCGAUGGCUCAGAAUACUGUGAAGCCAUCGCCAAGCUCAAAUUUUGAUCUCCUUAGUGGUCUAGGUAAUACUGAUGGAAGCACUGACACCUUCUCAGCUUUCACGUCUGCGCCACAGGCGAAUAACAGCAGCGCCUCUAAAUUGAGAAAUCCUGGUAUAUUUGAUCCAUUUGGUGCUAUCAUAACUGGCGGAGGAGAUAAUGGCAACCUUUUAGAUGGCUGGAGUAACUUUAGUAGUGCACCUUCUAAAGUUGAUGAUAAACCAGAACCUCAGCUACCCAGUGAACAAAAAAAAGAUUUCUUUGCUGAUUUUGGUGGUCUGAACUUGGGUUCUUCCCAAUCAAAAAUGGGACAACCAUCUGUCACUCCUACAAGUGGUAGUAGAACGCCUAACGAUGCCCCAACAACUCCCUACAAUCAGUCAGCUACUAACACUCCACAGCACAUGGCAAAGUCUCCUUCUGGUCCUGAUUACAGCAGGUCCCACUUUGAGCCAAUGAACAAAUCUAACACACCAAAAGAAGAUCUCAAAGCUAAACCAAAAAGUGGGGAUAUCUUUGGAGAUUUGCUGGGAUCUCAAGGGUAUGCUUUUACAGCCAAAAAGGAUAAUACUCCUAGAUCAAUAAAUGAAAUGCGUAAAGAAGAAAUGGCGGUCUACAUGGACCCUGAAAAAUUAAAAGUUAUGGAAUGGCAAGAGGGAAAGAAAAAUAAUAUUAGAGCCCUGUUGUGUUCACUGCAUACGAUUUUGUGGGAAGGUUCAAAGUGGAACAAGUGUGAUAUGCAUCAGUUGGUUACUGCCUCUGAUGUUAAGAAAGCAUAUAGGAAAGCUUGCUUGGCUGUGCACCCGGAUAAGCAUGCAGCGACGGACAAUGAAAACCUGGCAAAACUCAUCUUCAUGGAGUUGAACAAUGCGUGGAGCGAUUUUGAAAAUGACGCUUCUCAGCAAAACAUGUUCAUCAGUUAAGGAGCUUUUAGAAGAAUAAUUAUUUAAUCACCUUCUAGGCCAUUCCAUUAAUCUAAUCCAAAUUUUUGAUGUUUUGAACGUUAUUUGAAGCAGAUAUCUUAUCAGGUUGUGAUUUAGGAUCUUCUUAGCUUUGUGAUAAAAAAAAAAGUGAGUGUAAUAAUUGCAAGGUAAUAAGGGCAUUUUACCUCACAUGACAGAGAUGUGUCAGACCAUCCUAUGAGGUUCUAGCUUAAGUAACUGACCUUAUUUUUAUCUUUUAAUAAAUUGGUCUGCCUUUUAUGUUUUUUUCCUGGUAACUGAUUAUUGAAAUUUACUUCAGGCACUAAUGUACCAGCAAGUUUUAUGGUCAAUUUCCAUAAGAUUUUGAGGGGAUUCUACACCUCUCUGAUAGAAACUAGCCCCUUUAUAAUAAAGUUUUGGACAAGAAGGAUCUUUUUGCUUUGGAAGUAAAAAUAUCAGAUAGGUUUCUAUAGGAUUUCUCUUGUGUUGGUUGAAGCAACUAAAUCGUCAUAGACUAGGGACAAUUUUAGGCAUAGUAACGUCAUAUUGAAAUUUUAUUAACUUUGACUAGGAGCCAGUUUCUAUAGGAAAAGCCUGAGAUUUUUCAGCUUUGAUUUUUGUUUGCAAUGAGCAAUUCUUAAGGGUUACAGUACAUAAAAAAUUAAUAAUCGUUAAUGUGAUAUAAUAAAUACAUAACGAAAAAGGCAUUAUUGCUAGAGACAAAAAACAGAGGGUCUGGAACUUGCAACCUUGUAGGUUUGUUGUUUUUUUUUCAAUCUGGAAAGUCUUAGGGAAUAUAACGCCCGCAAAAUGAUUCAAAGUAGUCAGGAAAAGAACUCGAUGGCUGCCGCAUUAUUUGAAAGAUUUAGAGUUAAGUUUGCUUCUAAAAAUCACAACCUAAAUAAUAGCUCUAAGUGAUAAAAGUUUAUUAAAAAGCAAUGUUUUUCAUAAGAAAAAGUAUAUAGAUAGUUUCUUCUAAAAGAAGUUUAUGAUAUUAUCCUGUUCUGUUGUGGCUUAGGACUACAACAUCUUUGUUUUACAAAUAUCUGGGUUAUUAGCCGAAUUCAUAUAUGUAUUGGAAACUUAAUAAUCAAAUAUUUAUUUUUAAUGGAAUAUGGAGUUUUACAAAUGCCAGUUAUUUUUUAUUUUUACCUAUUAUUUUCUUAAAAUUAUCGCUGUGAUAUAACUGUGACUUUUUCAAUAUGUUAGGUGAUAUUUGUUGGGAAUUUUGUGGAAAUCCUGGCUCUUUUUAUUGUAUCUAACGUAUUGCCAAAUCUAGUUGAAUUUAUAUGCAAAUUGCCAGAAAAACACUAUGAAUUGUUAGAUGACGGUGUGAAAAGAAUGAAGUCCAAACAUAUCCAGUAUUUUAUUUUCUCAGCUUUUAGCACAAAACAAACAAAAUAUUCCAACAAAUUUUAUGUUCUGCCAAUAACACAGAUAAUCGUAUUUUAUAUUCUGUGUUCGACAAUAUAGUAUGUUUGUUUAUACAUUAAUAUUGUACAACUUUAUUUAUUUUUUAUUUUAGCAUUGUGUUCUUUAUUUCAUGUAUGCUAGUUUCAGGAUAGCAAAUAAUAAAUUCAUGUUAUUUAUUGUU